AUGAUUUGGCCUGAAGAGAAUUACCCAGAGAGAGAGUCCAAUCGAGCUAGAAAGAGAAGACUCUUCCCAAAGAUUAUCCCCAAGACAGAUAACUCAGGAAAGUUUGUUGUGCCUUGUAUCAUCAAAGGUAACAUUCUUGAGCAAUCUUUGUGUGACACAGGAGCCAAUGUGAACAUCAUGUCUAAGAGGAUAGCUGACAAGAUAGGCCUCACCAAGAUAGAGCCAUCAUCCAUCUCCAUCAACUAUGCUGAUUCAUUCUCACAAACACCCUAUGGCUUUGUGCCUAAUGUGAUGGUGCAGAUUGGAAAUUGCUCUAUCCCUACUGAUUUCCAGAUUGUGGAAAUGAGAGAGAGUAGUCAUAGACCUCUCAUAUUUGGAACCCCUUUCCUGUCUACUGUGGGUGCCAUAUUUGAUUUCCCCAAUCAAAGAAUCUCUUUCAACAAGGUGAACAAGGGUAUGUUCUUCCCUAUGUGUUCAACAAAGAACUCUUUUGUUGACAUGGUCCAAGAGGAGAAAGCUACUUUGAAGCCACCCCAAGAAGGAGAAACUGAAGAAACAAUCAAGGAAGAUCCCAUUCCUAAGCCCAAGCAGCUUGCCAAACAAGCAAGGAGUAAGACUAAGGCCCCUACACCAAAACCGCCCAAGGGAUCAACCAAGAUUGAAGAUGAGGCCAAGCCAAGAAGAAGGUUAGAAAACCUAGGCAGUAGUGCCAAGGGACAUUCAUGGAGAGAUUGUCUAUCCAGCUGUGAAUCACCCACCAGAUACUCAUUGCAAGGAGAAAAGACUUGGAGGAUCAAAGAUGCCUCUUGUCUCCAUCUUCUCCUGAGCGCCAAGCCUUACAGUCAAGCUAAAGACUUAAAACAAGCGCUGCAUGGGAGGCAACCCAUGAGGAUAGAAGGAGAAAAAGGUGUGAAAACACAAUCCGCGCCAAACCAUUGGCCGCGGACGCGCAAAAGAGAUUUUGGCCGAGCAAUUCCAAUCUGGCCGACCGUCACGGUCGAGCCGGGAAGGAAUAACGUGCUCGGCCGGAUAUUUCUAUGCGCGACAGAAAACGUUCGACGCACACGCGACCGGGAAAGAACAGGCCGCGAUCGGCCGGAUUUUGUUUCGGAACGGACCGACCGUGCCGGUCGAUCCGGGAAACACGCUCGGCCUCGGCCGAAAUUCUCUCGCCAAAACCGAAUUUGGCCGACCAAAUCGCUCGACCGCGACAAAAUCAUGGCCAUCGGCCCAAAACUUUUCUCGGCCAAGGUACCAAUGGCAAAGACAAAAGGAAAUGAGAGUAUGAAGAAGAAGAAGAACCCAUUCAUGGAACCACCAAAGAAACAAAUCAAGCUAGGGAGUAGUAGCUCCAAUGCAAGAGCAGCAAUACCAACUUCACCACAUUCCAUUGAUGCAAUCAAGAACAUGUGGAGAGUCCAAGAAGAGGAGAAGAUGAUUGGGCACUUGUAA